AUGGGUGAUUUAGGAGAAGCUUCGACAGAUAUGUCACCGGGUAACCUGAAAAGAUAUCGAUCCGUCAGUACUAGGUUGAAUAUAUGCAGUGUUAAUGAAAAUCCUCACGGCGAUGGAAUAGAAAGAGUUGAAAUGCAGAAUUCACCUCGGGUUCUUGAAUGUAAUUCAGCUAAAGAUAAAUCUUCAGGUUCUAAGUUUGACUUUUCUCCGAAGUUAGUAGCUGAGAGCCUGAGUUCUCCUCGAUUUUACACACCGCCUGAAAUGGUCUCACCUGCAUUUUUCGCGGAACCAUCUCCAAAGUCAGUUUACUAUGACAGUGUUAGAUCACCAAAAUUCUUUCCUGAAACUCCUCGUGACGCUGAGGUGCCGCAGUCGCCGAGAGCGCUAAGUGAUCAUUUAAAUAGAACUAAUGGUUUAUGUGAAAAACCUAGCUCUCCUAAAGGUUUAAGUGCUCGACCUAGUCCUAAAAUUCAUAGUUAUAAUAAAGAGAAUUACUUCACUUUUGAACAAGUAGCUUUAGAAGAAGGGGCAGUGAGAUCACCACCGCGUCCAAAAAGGUAUGGUGGGAGGUAUUCCAUUGAAAGAGAACGAUUUACGCCCCCAGCAGAUAAGGAAGUUAAAAAGUAUAGAAGACAUAAUAGUUGCGAUAAUAAUUUAAAAAAUAAUAAUGAAAGUUUAACGAAGUACGAUGACAACAAGGAAUGUGACUCAAAAGUACAAAUUAUAGAAAAAGACGUAGUUGAUUGCUGUACUAAAAUCGACUUAAUAGAUAUUGAGAAUAAAAGGGAAAUUGAGAAAAAGAAUGAAUUGACGCCGAGUGAAUCGAGUUCAGCGCACGCGAGACGACAACGUCUAAAAUCGAUAUCUUUAGAUUCUGACAACGCUAAAAUUAUUGAACAAAAUUUAGGUUUACCAAUAGCAAAGCAAAUGAAAGAUCAAAUGAACGAAGCAUACAAGAAUCAGGAAACCAGUACGUCGUGUGAAAACAUGGAAAGGCAUACACAAAUAACUGCUAGUGAAAGACUGGCUUUUAAGUUUGAUAAAGAUCAAAAAAAUAAAAAUGUUGAAACCGAAGAUCCCAAAUCUCCUGACCUUAUUCAGAAAAAAGGAUUACGCCAAAGUUCUGAUACUCAGUCAUUUUUAGACAUGCCAAGGUUUUCACCGAAAGAAUUUGAAAUUACUGUAACGUCAGAAGAAGGAUCAACUGUACCCGCUGAAACAAAAACGAAACGAAAAGGCAAGAAUCUGCGAAAUCUUACAAUAGAUUUAUCGAAACGUGAUAGUGAGUUAGAAAAGGAAUUGUUAGAAUUUGAAAAAUUGUACACUGACGCAGAAGAAAAAAAAGUAAAAACACCUACGUUGAAGGUUAAAGCUACAUCUUUAGAUUCGUCCGAGACGGUUAAUCUUUCUUUACCCCAGAAAAAGGCUCUAGAGGUACCACAAAAUUCCAUAUCGGUACCAAAUACUCCAAAAAGACAGUUAAAACGAAUACUUGCUCAAAGAAGUAUAAAACAUGACAUUUCAGGAGCGAAAAUGGGCUACAACUCUUUACAGUGUAAUGCAGAGCAAAGGCGGCUUUAUAUGAAAGGUCAAGAUAGUGGUAUUUUCCUAAAGGAUAACCAUGCUAGUCUUAUGUUAUAUCAGGCAGGACCUUCACGGAUAGGCUCUCGUACUAUGCGUUCAUUUGAGGAAAAUAUUACCGAUUUUACUGAAAUUACCCCUGAGAUUAACAUUUCGGGAGUUGAUUGUAGGCCUGGUUUGCCCGUUGAACCUGGGCAAACUCUUGGUUCCAAUUUACUUAACUAUAAACAAAAUUUGAGUGUGUCUAGCACCAACUUAAAGACGUUACCAGAAGGUGUACCUUCAGACGAUUUCGAACCGAGUGCGGGGGAUGAGAAAAUAAUCAAGAAACUUCAUAGGAGAAAUUCUAAUCAAAGCCUAAUGUUGAGCACACAUAGCUUGCAAAGUUCGAAUUGUUCAAUAAGCAGCGCCGGUGCAUCUUGUCAUAAUUUGGCGUCAGUAAGAACGAGUAUUUCGAAUUUUAGUUUGAAUUCUGAAAAUAGGCAAAAGAAGUUGUCAAUAGAUAGAAGAGAUUCUAAUUCGUCUCUCAUAAAUACUGAACAUUUAACACCGACAACACGCGUUAUAUGUUCCUCUAACAACAAUCUUUCAGGGGAGGGGUCAAAAAAUUGUCUUUUGCAAAGACGCGGUUCAAACAAUAGCUUAACAUUGAACAUUCUUACUGCAAAUAAUCUCAGUAGGCACUCUAGCAAUAGUUCACUUAAUAAGGAAGCCAAGGUCAGUCACAAAAAAGGGUUGUUAGAGCGCAGAAGUUCAAACACAUCCUUAACCCUCAAUAUCAAUACUUCUAAUCCUCAGCUAAUAAGUAAUCAAGGGCUUAGUGUUUCAAAUUAUAAUCUUAAUGGAUCUACAUGCAACCUAAGCAUGUAUAAUAGUAACCAAAGCAUUGACAAUCCUACGAUUGAACCGCGUAAAGGAAUUUUAGAACGACGAAGUUCAAACACAUCUUUAACUCUAAAUAUUCAGCCCCAAGAACCAAGAGAUCUGGAAAUUGAUGAGACUCUCCUUGACAAUAAUUUAAAAGAGUUACCACACCGGGACAGACAUAGAAAAUCACUGAGCACAGAAAACUUAAUUCCCAAAUCAUACAAGAAUAGAACGAAGCUACGUACCACAGACAAAGGCAUUGGAUUUGGGUCACAUGAUAAUUUGUGGUCGUCGUCUUACGCAACAGAACCAGAAUACUCGGAGAAUUUAACGUUCGUGUGUGGCGAUCAGGAAAACGAAAUUAUAUAUGCGUUUGGUCGUCAAGAUGACCCUAAUUUUCAACAAGGUUUCGUUAAAAACAUAACUACCAAGCCUUUGAGCCCGCAAAGCACUUCUGAAGAUUUUAGGUUGUACUUGGCCAAUAUGCAACAUUUGCAAAAUGCAUCCAGCGUCUUAACACGGCAUCAGUUAAGAGAUUUGAACGACGUAUUCCAAAACGGGUACUCUAAAGUAAAAUGUCACAGUAUGAAUGAGGGUCAGCAUUCCUGUUCAGGGCGUGUUGAUCUUAACACCGCCGAGGAAAAUCCCCAGAUGGUUAUACCUGAACCAGUUGCGACUCAGCCUUGCUCGGAGUAUCAAAAGAUGUUAUUGAGGAACUUACAUCAAGAGUUCUGGGACAUGCCGACAAAUUUCCAAGAGAAACCAAUUGUUUCAGGCUCCCAUCCAAAAAACAGAUACAAAACUAUUUUGCCCAAUGAACAUUCAAGGUUCAUCUUACGCGCAGACCCAGGUACCAUCGGCGAAGGAUAUAUAAAUGCCAACUUUAUAAAGGGGCAUGAAUAUACCAAAAACAGCUAUAUAGCUACACAAGGUCCGCUUCAAAACACCAUGUACGAUUUUUGGAUGAUGGUCCAACAAAAUACAGAGGAUUUUCUAAAUGAAAAAAGUGAGCCAAUGUCUUCGGGAACUGUCAUUCAGAAGAUUGUGAUGCUUACCAACUUUGUCGAGAACAAUCGUCAGAAGUGCGAGAAGUAUUUUCCAUUAGAAUUAAAUGAGGAAAUAACAAUAACAAGCCCUGAAUUAACAAGGUUUUUUAGUGAAACAGAAAGUGUUAAAAACAGUUUUGUAAUUAAAAAUACUGGUAUGGUUAAAAAAUCCGGCUACACUAUACGAAAAUUGAAUGUGAAACAUUUAAUACCGAGAGUUGAUGAGAAGAGUGAAAGUGUAAUAACAGUAUACCAUUACUGGUUUCACAAUUGGGCAGACCAUAAGUGUCCAAAGGAUGUUAAUGCAUUGUUAAAUUUAGGUUUGGACGUGUUGAAGGAGCAAAGUUAUAAUUUUAGCGAAAGUGGUGAAGAGAAAGACGAACAGUGCAACUGUUACGAUAGUCCAAAACCUGAUCAUAAGUUCGUGUUUCCACCAUUAGUGUCUGAGAGUGUUGCUUGUCCUGUAACUGUUAAGGUAUCUUCUCCACUUGAUUUGUCUGCAGAAAAUAAGUCACCACCAAUAAUCAUACAUUGUUCAGCCGGUAUUGGUAGAACUGGCUGUCUCAUAGCUAUUUUAAAUGGUAUAAAGCAGCUAACUAAUGAACAGAAAGUCGAUGUUCUAGGUAUAGUUUGCAACAUGAGAUUAAAUAGAGGUGGUAUGGUACAGAAUUCUGAACAAUAUGAAUUAAUUCAUAAGGUUCUAUGUCUGUUUGAACAGGCAUGUCUACCCAGUUUAUAG